AUGGACUCCCUCGAGGGAAUAAACACUAGUGUGUUGACUGUGACCCACUGGCUUUACCACGCAGCCAGGGCGCCAACCCGCACCAAGUUCAUGGACAUCAUGGACACCAAGGUCAAGCCAACGAAGCCCAAAGCCUACGCCGCUCUAUUGGACUCGAACAAACCCCACGAACUUGUCAGGUGGACGCACCACGCUGGACCCACCGACACAGCCAUCGGGGGUGUCGUAUCGUCCGACGCGGCCGAGCAAAACAUGGCUAUGGUAGGCCUGCAGGAGAGGAAGUUGCCGCCCUACAACAUGGCCCAGCACAUCCUGGGCAAGACCGCCUCCCAGAUGGCAGAGAGGGCUGAACUUGUCAACAGCGCCUCGCAGAGGUUUACCCCUUUCGCUGCUAAGGAGUUCGAGGCUCAGCGCGCGAAGUCCGGCAACCUGCACUCCAGCGCCACCGGGAACGGCAACUUCACUGUUCGCAAACUAGGCAGCAACUACGGCAACCGAGUGGGGCUGGAGUUCGGGACAGAUGGCGUGGUGACUCGCAUGACCUGCACGUGCGGCUACACGACUGGAUUCAAGAUCCCAUGCAGCGAUAUCGUCGCCGUCGGGCGAGCGUUGGACAAGUCCGACGAGGUCAUGUCAAGCAUCGACCCGGCCUACCACCUCGACACCUACCGAGCCCUGUACGCGGACAGUCGGUUCGAGGUGCAGCUGCCCGUGCCGGAUGAGCUGGCGGUUGACGUGGACAUUCUUCCUCCGCCCUGGGUGCCCAACCAGGCUGGUCGCCCCAAGAAAAAGGGGCCCUCGAGGACGAAGGGGAUCCCAUCCAGGGGAGAGCACGCUUCGUCGUCCUCCUACAACGUCCGCCUGAUGCCCGCCCUGUCUGAGGGCGCGCCUGCAUCGUCGCAGGGAGCGCCCGCAUCGUCGCAGGGAGCGCCCGCAUCAUCGCAGGGAGCUCCCGUAUCAUCGCAGGGAGCUCCCGCCCUGUCGCAGGGCGGCGUGCAUUCUGGUGUUAUCUCCGUUGACUAGAUGGGUAACAAGUACCUCGCGUUUCGUGGCCUCGGAGUUUGCUGUUUUCGACCACCAUUGUCCGUUGUGCUGUCGCUCUUGCUGUGUCUUCUUGGAGUUCCUCGGGAGAGUUUCCUCGUGUUGUGAUUUUACGGAGGGAUGAGCCGGUGAAGUGGCUGAGCAGCGGCGGUACUGGCCUGGCAUGGCAUGGCAUGGCCUGGCCCGCCUUGUUUGGGUUGAGAAAUUCCGGGCAUGAAUCUCACGCGAGUUGUCGCAGGAUGGUGUCGGGCUGUUGAUUUUUGACUGUUGGGUGUGCGGACCGACCUCCCUUCACACAAGCACGGCGGUCAGUUCGAUGUAGCGCCAACCUAGUAGGGGCACAAUUUUGCGUCUCUGACGGUUUUGGGCAGCUUUGACAGGAAAGAAGCUAUUGUCUCGACUAGGAGAGCUGUGCGUUCAUUUGUCUCGUGUUUCGUGUGUCAUUUCCGAACUCUUCGUUCUGUUCCGGGGUUGUUUAUCGUUUUCACCUUUUCAUUCUGUUUUUUGUCCAUCCGUCUUGUUUAUUUCGUGCCAUCUUCGCCUCUUCAGUCAGUCCACGAUAGAUAUCUGCUGACAGUUGGAUCAUCAGAUGGCACCAGAAAGAAAGCUUUUAUCGCCAAUACGAGGGACGGUACGUGUUGAUCCUCCUGUGUUUCACCUCCGGAAUCUACCUCAUGCUCCGCGCUUGUUUUGGUCAUCCGUCUUGUCUUUCCUCUUUUCCGCACCCUGUUGCGUCGACUUCGUGUGUCAGUUGGACUUUCCCCUAUUUUUCCGCCCUCAACCAAGGCACAACGUACAAGUAAGGCUGCGCAACAACAUCAAAAUCCACAAACUUUUGAUACUUCGCAGCAGCCGCAUCACCUACCCUUGUGAAUCCCUUGACGCUCCUUUUCACGAUGUAUUUCCCCAAGACAACCCCUUCGUUUGUGGACGCACGGUGUGCUUUUAACCACACACAGGUCAGGGUGACACCGCCAGCCACAAAAAACUGUUGCAUGCAAAUCGGAGUUGGUUCCUCUAGCCUCCAAGUGUUGAUUUCUAGGUAGCGUCACGCAGUUUGAUCUUAGCAGCACACGACACGACGCACUUCGACCAGCUUUGUUAGUGGGUACUUCUCUGCUACCACCGUCAGUAUGUCUUUCAGGGGUUGACAGUGACGGCAACAUUGCAUUAUUGGAGUUUUUGUCAAUGGGUCAUCCGCGCGCAUAGCGGCAGAGACACAACAAGCGAGGGGUAUUCUUGCAACUUGAUCGCGCACACCGUUCAUGCUGCGUGUACCACCACUCUUUAUCUUUCCCCAUCUCCUGUGGCAAGCCUGCAGUUCCUUGUCUCUCCCGGGUACUCACGAGAGGUCGAAGUCAAGGUCGCUGUUUAAUCUGAGGUCCCACGGCAUCCACUGCUUGCUGCUCCUGCAUAACUACUGUACGAUCCUCUUCCUACAUGUUAGAUAUACUCGUAGCAUAGUAAUGUGGCGGAAUAUGGGGCAUGGAUCUACGGAGAUUGCAGUUGGUAGAUCGCGGAGGAACAGGGAGUUUCUGCUUGGUUUCUUCGGAGAUUCGAUGAGUGAUCUGAAAUGCGUGACGGAUAGGUGUGGUGACGCACUCUUCGGCUGCUCGGCCUCGAGUGGUCUCUGCCCUUCCCUCUUCCCUCUAAUACAAAACUUUCCCAUCUCGGCCCUCACUGGCCGAGCUGCCUUUCUCCACAAACCUAUACAAGCUUCGGCCUACCCGGUUUAUCCAACACUACACAACAAUGUGUCGUAGACUAUAUCUCGGGUCUUGAUCGAGACAUAACCACGGCAUCCACUGCUUACUACUCCUGCAUUGCUGUGUACGAACGACCCUCUGCGUACACAACAACAUGCCAUACAUCUCCGGUCUUGAUGUGUCUAGAAAUGUUAUCCAGACGAAAGCGACACCCUGAUGCUUCUGUGCCUGAUGAUUCCGUGGACAUAUCUGAGCUGAGUCAUGUAUUUGUGUGCAGCUCAAGUGAUCACGUGAGGUAUUGAGAGGUAUCCAUCCACCGACGCCCGCCUGGCCCGCUCUCUCCUCCCUCUCCGAUAUGAAACGAAAACCGAGAGACUUCCGCCGUCGGCGGUGGGUUGCAGGAGGAGGCUUGCAGGAGAGACAUCCACUUCAAACGAGAGUUCCGCCGCGUU